GCAACAACAACAACAACAACAACAACAAAAAAGACAAAAAAAAGACCAAAAAAAAAAAAAGAAUAUAAUCUAAUAGAAUAUAAUCGUAGUCUGGAAUUCUUAGCUUCUGACAAUUGACAAGAUAUUUAUUUGCUACAAAUUGAGGAAAAUAUAAAUCACAUUCUAUACAAUGUAAUAAGAGAUGGCAGGCGCAUUCAGGCCAUAAAGCAUUAAUUACUGUGGCUCUGCUGUAUUUUAGUAUCAAUUUUUCUAGCAAUUGCAGGCCAUUUAUAUUUUGGUUAAGGAACAAUGUACUUUUUAUUUAUCUUUUAAGAGGAACAGAAAGUUGGAGUUCCCGUCGUGAUGCAGUGGAAACGAAUCUGACUAGGAACCAUGAGGUUGUGGGUUCAAUCCCUGGCCUCGCUCAGUGGGUUAAGGAUCCAGCAUUGCCGUGAGCUGUGGUGUAGGUUGCAGACUUGGCUCGGAUCCUGCGUUGCUGUGGCUCUGGCAUAGGUCGGCAGCUAUAGCUCCAAUUAGACCCCUAGACUGGAAACCUCCAUAUGCCACGGGUGUGGCCCUGAAAAGACAAAAAGACAAAAAAAAAAUAAAAAGAGGAAGCAAAAGUUAUCAUUCUGCUGUGCAAGUUUAAGAAGGAAUCUUCCACUCUAACCCCAUUCUUCCAUAGGUGUAGAUUUCUAUGCAUAGAAUCAAUGUUUUUCUUAGGAAAUGGAAUGUUGAUCUCUAGCAUUUAUAUGAGUAGUGAUUAUCACCCCAAAGGUCUGUACAUUAUAGUAUGGAAAAGAAGAUGUUUUCUAUCCUCCCUCUUAAUCUGCAUUUCUUGGUUUAGAAAUAAAGUUAAAGGAUGAGAUGUGGGUAGUUACUUAUUUAGCUUUUUAGGGCUGCACUUGUGGCAUAUGGAGGUUCCCAGGUCGAAUCAGAGCUACACUUGCUGGUCUCCUCCACAGCCAAAGCAACACCAGAUCUGAGCUGUGUCUGCAACCUAUACCACAGCUCAAGGCAACAGCCAGAUCCUUAACCCACUGAGGGAGGCCAGGGAUCAAACCCUCAACCUCAGAGUUUUUAGUUGGAUUUGUUUCUGCUGAACCAGUUCGGGAACUCUGUGGACAGUUAUUUUUUGAUUUUGCUGAUUAGGCUAAAGCAUUAGAUUGGUCUGAGGGACCUGCUUCUUUAGCACAUAGGCUCCACCACGCUGAAAUGAGAACUGCCUGCCUCACACCUGGCUCUUCACUGUGUGGCCAGAGAUUUGCUAACAACACUCUCAUCCCUUUACUGCCUUUGGGGACCCCUCAGAAUGAAAUACAGGGCUAUGAAUGAAGGAUUCAAGUUUAAUUUUAGGUAACAUUCACUCACUUUUAAACAUUGUAAGAGUAUUAAAGUCAGCCUCACUAAAACUUGUUUGAGAUGUUAAGUUUUUUUUAUACUCAUGCACACAUCUUCUCUUAGAAUUUUGGUAUGUAACUUGUGCCUCUAGUCAGCAUUGCAUGAGACAGAUGCCUUACUCUGUGUAUUUCGUGAUAGAGACCAUAACAGUAGGAUGUACUGGUUGUGGCUUAGCGGAAAUGAACCCAACUAGUAUCCAUGAGGAUGUGGGUUUGAUCCCUGGCCUCACUCAGUGGGUUAAGGAUCUGGCAUUGCUGUGGCCUUGGCUAUGGCUGGCAGCUGCAGCUCAGAUUUGACCCCUAGCCUAGGAACUUCCAUAUGCUGCAGGUGUGGCCCUAGAAAGCCAAAAAAAAAAAAAAAAAAAAAAAAGAGAGAGAGAGAGAGAAACUGACGUAAAUGCAUUCACGGAGCCCAUGGAAUUUAUUAAGAAUGUCUGGGAAAAGAACUGUGCCUGACCCCCACCUCUUGCCCCCAGUAGAAUAGAUGAUUUUCUCUGUUGAAACAGUUGAGUUUAAGUUACAGACAUGAUGCUUUAUCACCCCUGAGUACUUUUUUGUAUCUUGCCUGCAAUCAAGUUACAUCUUCCAAUGUCAACCACAAUAUGAAGAUCAGGAACCUGAUGCUGAUACACUUCUACCACUCAGUCCUUGGACUCCAUUCAGGUUUUGCCAGGUGGCUAUCAUCCAGUGAAAAUUGGAGACCUCUUCAAUGGCCGGUAUCACGUUAUUAGGAAGCUAGGAUGGGGACACUUCUCUACUGUCUGGCUGUGCUGGGAUAUGCAGGGGAAAAGAUUUGUUGCAAUGAAAGUUGUAAAAAGUGCCCAGCAUUAUACAGAGACAGCCUUGGAUGAAAUAAAAUUGCUGAAAUGUGUUCGAGAAAGUGAUCCCAAUGACCCAAAUAAAGACAUGGUAGUACAGCUAAUUGAUGACUUCAAGAUUUCAGGCAUGAAUGGAAUACAUGUCUGCAUGGUUUUCGAAGUGCUUGGCCACCAUCUCCUUAAGUGGAUCAUCAAAUCCAACUACCAAGGCCUCCCAGUACGUUGUGUGAAGAGCAUCAUUCGACAGGUGCUUCAGGGGUUAGAUUAUCUACACAGUAAGUGCAAGAUUAUUCAUACAGACAUAAAGCCGGAAAACAUCUUGAUGUGUGUGGAUGAUGCAUAUGUGAGAAGAAUGGCAGCCGAGGCCACUGAAUGGCAGAAAGCGGGUGCACCUCCUCCUUCAGGGUCUGCAGUGAGUACUGCUCCACAGCAAAAACCUAUAGGAAAAAUAUCUAAAAACAAAAAGAAAAAGCUGAAAAAGAAGCAGAAAAGGCAGGCUGAGUUAUUGGAAAAGCGCCUGCAGGAAAUAGAAGAAUUGGAACGAGAAGCUGAAAGGAAAAUAAUAGAAGAAAACGUCACAUCUUCUGUACCUUCCAAUGAGCAAGAUGAUGAAUAUCACCCAGAGGUGAAACUAAAAACAGCAGAAAUAGAGGAGGCAGCAGAGGGAGAGACUUCGAAUAACAACGGUGAAGCUGAGGACCAGGAAGAGAAAGAGGACACUGAGAAAGAAAACACAGAGAAGGAUGAAGAUGAUGUGGAACAGGAACUCGCAAACAUCGACCCUACUUGGAUAGAAUCACCCAAAACCAAUGGUCAUAUUGAGAAUGGCCCAUUUUUACUCGAACAACAACUGGAUGAUGAAGAUGAAGAGGAGGAAGAUUGCCCGAAUCCUGAGGAAUAUAACCUUGAUGAGCCAAACGCAGAGAGUGAUUACACAUAUAGCAGCUCCUACGAACAAUUCAAUGGUGAAUUGCCAAAUGGACGACAUAAAAUUCCUGAGUCACAGUUUCCAGAGUUUUCCACGUCAUUGUUCUCUGGGCCUUUAGAACCUGUGGCUUGUGGCUCUGCACUUUCUGAGGGAUCUCCACUCACCGAGCAGGAGGAAAGCAGCCCAUCCCAUGACAGAAGUAGGACGGUUUCAGCCUCCAGCACUGGGGAUUUGCCGAAAACAAAAACCCGGGCAGCCGAUUUGUUGGUGAAUCCCCUGGACCCACGGAAUGCAGAUAAAAUUAGAGUUAAAAUUGCUGACCUGGGAAAUGCUUGUUGGGUGCAUAAACACUUCACAGAAGACAUACAGACACGUCAGUAUCGAUCCAUAGAGGUUUUGAUAGGAGCAGGUUACAGUACACCUGCUGACAUUUGGAGUACGGCGUGUAUGGCAUUUGAGCUGGCAACAGGAGAUUAUUUGUUUGAACCGCAUUCUGGGGAAGACUAUUCCAGAGAUGAAGACCACAUAGCCCACAUCAUAGAGCUGCUAGGCAGUAUCCCAAGGCACUUUGCUCUAUCUGGAAAAUAUUCUCGGGAAUUCUUCAAUCGCAGAGAUCACAUAGCAUUGAUCAUUGAACUGCUGGGGAAAGUCCCUCGAAAAUACGCUAUGUUGGGGAAAUAUUCCAAGGAGUUUUUCACCAGAAAAGGAGAACUUCGGCACAUCACCAAGCUGAAGCCCUGGAGCCUCUUUGAUGUACUUGUGGAAAAGUAUGGUUGGCCCCACGAAGAUGCUGCACAGUUUACAGAUUUCCUGAUCCCAAUGUUAGAAAUGGUUCCAGAAAAACGAGCCUCAGCUGGCGAAUGCCUUCGGCAUCCUUGGUUGAAUUCUUAGCAGAUUCUGCAGGAGCAUUCUGAGCUGGCACAUGCCCAAUGCAUUGGCCCUACAGGGGGACUCUCGUUCUUUAACAGGAUUACAAGUGAGCUGGCUUCAUCCUCAGACCUUUAUUUUGCUUUGAGGUACUGUCGUUUGACAUUUUGCUUUUUGUGCACUGUGAUCCUGGGGAAGGGCAGUCUUUUGUCUUCAGCUUAGUAGUUUACUGACCCACUUUCUUCUGGAAACAAUAACAUGUCUCUAAGCAUUGUUUCUUGUGUUGUGUGACAUUCAAAUGUCAAUUUUUUGAACGAAAAAUACUUUCCUUCUUGUGUUUUGGCAGGUUUUGUAACUAUUUAUGAAGAAAUAUUUUAGCUGAGUACUAUAUAAUUUACAAUCUUAAGAAAUUAUCAAGUUGGAACCAAGAAAUAGCAAGGAAAUGUACAAUUUUAUCUUCUGGCAAAGGGACAUCAUUCCUGUAUUAUAGUGUAUGUAAAUGCACCCUGUAAAUGUUAAGUUCCAUUAAAUAUGGGAUGGGGACUCAAAUUUCAGAAAAGCUACUCAGUCUUGAGUGCUUUGUAGCCUAAGUUGCAUGUAACAGACUUUAACUGCUCUGAGGAGUUGUGCAAACUUUUCAUUCCAUGACAGUCUUUUUGCAUUGAAUUUCAAACAAAUGGCUCUGAGUUAUGUCAUUCCCUACAUGGCACUUUAAAGAAAGAAAAGACAUGCUUCUCAUUCUAAAAUCCGUAUUGUAGUUUAGCACUCCCAUUCGUAUUUUUGCAUAUUUUAAUUAAAAAUACUUUUAAGGAAAAAGCAAUUUCACUAUAAAAAUGUGGUGGCCUGGUACCAUGUGGUGUUGCCUCCUCCAAGCACUGUAAGUUAAACUCUACAUAGAUUAAAUUGGACAAGAGAAACAUGUUCAGUGUGUGGAAUGAAAAUACAUUUAUAUAUUUUUGGUCAAGCUCGCUCAUGUUUGUCUAGAACCAAGAUAGGGUAUGUACAGUUUGCAGUGCAGUGGGCACAGUACUAACAUCUUAGAGGUAACAGUGAUUGCAUUCAUUCCAGAGUCAGUUUUGUAUGUGGCUACAACAAAUUUUACUAGUUCUUUCAUUCUUUCCAUGCACUGAAUUUGAGAAAAUGAUUUUCCCUUUGCAGGUUGCACACGAUUUUGUUUAUGCAUUUCCUUAAAAUUGUAGAAUCCAGGACACAAACCAUAGUAGGCAAUACAAUUUUAGAAUGUAAUAUAUAGAGGUGCAUUUAGCCUCUUUUAGAAAUCAGUGGAUUGAAUGUCGUCUUUUUUUUAAUUUUACAUUCCUCAAGGUGCCUCGUUUUUCUUGACUUCGUCCAUUAACAUUUAUCCAUAUGCCUCUGCAAUAACUAGAUUGUGAAAAAAGAUAACAAAUGUAACAAUAAUCCAUUGUUUGAGGUGCUUGCAGUUGUCUUAAAAAUUAAAGUGUUUUGGUUUUUUUUUUCCA